UCUGCUUCGCGAAGAAUGGAAAUGUUUCCGCGUUCGAAGAGAAUCUUUCGAGGACAGCAGCAGUGCAAAAGGAAUACUGAAUCGGCAAAACAAACAACAAAAAAAUAAACGGAGGAGAGGUAACUUUCUCCUCGUGGUCGAAAUGGAAGCGCGCCGUGUUCAGUCGCUCAACGUGCGCUCUUCAGGAGAACCAGUUUCGUAUGUGCUCUGCAGAAAGUAACAAUAACAACGACUGGUCCCCCUUCUCGAGUUAGGAACCAAAGAGAACGAUUUGUAAACAAAGACCGAAUGCGAUACAUCAUAUCCUUUAAAAAAAAACGGAGAUUAACUUAUUUUUCGUUGGUUUAUCCAGAAUCGUUAUACAUGUGGAUAAUAACAGAAUAUCGCAUCAUCAGUGAGAUUUAAAACGCGAUAAUAGAAGUAAACAAGUGAUGUUUUGCGUGGGCGGAGUGCAGUAGUGUAUCGAUUGACGGCUGAGGUCGUCGAAUAGCGUUGAACCGUGCAUCAGUCCACAGCCAGGUCUACCUGUUGCCCAGAAGGGCCGUAGUUUUCGAAUUUCUCUCGUUCAGUGCUUCCAAUAUUUGCUCGCUUUCUCACUUCCACCCUUCGUCCGACAAAACCUUCCCUUCUUUGUUUUUCUUCCACUUUUUUUCCGGAUUUUGCUUAAAAUUCCUAUGGAGUGCAGACGCUGAGGCGGGCGCCGCGACGUCGCCUCCUCUCCGAAGGGAAUAUCGUCCGGAAUGGUUUUGUUGCGCGCCUACAAACUUUAGUUUUCACCCAAACACACACAAAGGAUCAUCAUCAACAUAGUGGCUCUGUCUACGACAAUACGAAUCGAUUCCAAUAAACAGAUUACGAGUUCGUUAUGGCACCCAGGACCACGACUCCUCAGGACCACAAUGCAGGUAGACAGGUAGAAUAUGAUCCUACUUUCCAAGGACCGCUUAAGAACAGAUCCUGCACCGAUGUCAUAUGUCUGUUUCUGUUUAUCGUCUUCAUCGCUUGCUGGAUCGGCGUUGGACUUUUCGUUUUCACCAAUGGUAACAAGGACAUUCUGCUGCUGCCGGUCGAUUCGAACAACAGCAGAUGCGGCUACGAUCCUCACGUCGCUGAAAAGAAGAAACUUUUCUUUUUCGAUAUCACCAAAUGUCUGAGCCCGGCGGUUCCCUUUACCGGUUGCCCUACGAAUCAAAUAUGCGUAGAAGAGUGCCCGAAAGACACGUUUCUGUGGAAUAAAAACUCGGAACUCAAUUACAUGAAACUAAAAUGCGUCCAAGGAAUCCAACCGAAAAACAACGAGGAAGGAGAUGAUUUUGUUAAUAAAGGUUUAUGCGCUCGCUAUCAUCUGAAGAGCAAUGAUUUGUUGAACAGAUGUAUACCAGACGUAACUGAUGAUUUCUCCCAGAUUACGAACCAAAUAAAAGAUUUAACCAAAGACAAUGUAGAGACGUCCGUAAAAAAUAUUGAACUUCUCCAGAAUAUGGAGCAGGUGGGUCACGACAUAAUCAAGGAUAUUGUUGAGUCUUGGCGAGAGAUCCUCGGCGGUAUAGGUAUCGCAAUUGUGGCAUGCUUAAUUUAUAUGCUAAUGUUGCGUUGGAUCGCCGGUCCUGUAGUUUGGAUCUCGAUUGUUGCUACCAUUGCAGGAUUGGCUGCUUGUGUUUAUUUCACGGUGACGUAUUACAUCUACUAUAAAGAUCACCCAAAAGAGGAAGCCAAUGCCAACACCAUUUUCCAGCAAUACGUCAGAAAGAAGGGCUUCUGGCUUACUCUAUUGAUAAUUUCUUCGGUGGCAUUGCUUAUUGAUGUGUUGAUGGUGAUUUUCUUGAGGAAACGUAUUUUCAUCGCAAUUGCUAUCAUUGGAGAAGCCAGCAAAGCCGUUAGUAGCACUCUGAUGUCAUUCGUUUUUCCAAUAUUUCCGUGGAUAUUCCAGAUGGCUAUCAUUGCCUUUACUCUAGUCGUAGCUCUGUACAUCACAACAAUAUCUUCCCCACAAUAUGAAGUUAAAAAUUUUGAUAAAAGCAAUUGCAAUGGAGACUAUGAGGAUGGAGACAGCUGCGAUAUGAACUCGUUCAAAAAAGUUAGAAUUAACAAUUGCAAAGCUACAUGUGAAUUCGUCGGCAUGGGACUUUCUAGCUUACGGACCCCUUUACAUGUUUUUAAUGGAUUCGCCUUUUUCUGGAGUAUUUUCUUCAUUUCUGCUUUCGGGCAAAUGGUCCAAGCAGGCAUCUUCGCUACAUGGUACUGGACAAGAGACAAGAGCGACGUUCCGUUCUGGUCAGUCACGAAGUCCGUGGCAAGGACCCUCCGCUAUCAUAUCGGUACUCUGGCCUUUGGUUCUCUUAUCCUCGCCAUAUGCAGAAUGAUUCGCGUCGCUUUAGAGUACAUCGAUCAUAAGCUGAAAAAGUACGACAAUCCGUUUACCAAAGCCAUCCUGUGCUGCAUGAAAUGCUUCUUUUGGUGCUUAGAGAGGUUCCUGAAAUUUUUAAACAAGAACGCGUACAUCAUGUGCGCAAUCCAUGGAAAGAACUUCUGUACAAGUGCGAAAGAUGCGUUCAGUCUAAUUAUCAGAAACAUACUACGAUUCCACGUCUUGGAUAAAGUCACAGAUUUCGUCCUCUUCAUGAGCAAAUUAAUAAUCACAGCCGGAGUGGCGGCCAUAGUCUGGAGCUUCGUAACGUACGUCAGCGAACGCCAGUUAAAGUACAUUUUGGUGCCCGUAAUAUUCGUCGCUAUUGUCACAUAUUUGGUGACAUCCUUCUUUUUCAACGUAUAUAGCAUGGCUGUUGAUACACUGUUCUUAUGUUUCCUUGAAGAUAACGAGAGGAAUGACGGAAGCGCGCACAGACCAUACUAUAUGUCUAAAAACUUAAGAGCAAUUCUCGGCAAAAAGAAUAAGACUUCCUAAUUUUAAAAUUCUUAUGGAAUCCAACGCAUUUAAAACGAUAAGCUUCGUGCCAAAUGAAAUAUAUAUAUUAUUUGUGUGUAUAUUUGUAUUUUUUAAGAAACAAUUUAACAUGUUUUAAAAAUAGCUUGUUUUUUUGUUUGUUACAAAGGCUGAUUUUAGUACAAUAUUUGCACAAAUGUGUAAAGUAAGCGAGAAGUCUAUUUUAUUUAUAUAAAUAUAUAAGGUUAUUCAGUCAACUCUAGAUUGUA